GGAGCAGGGAUAACAAUUCACGGGUAAAAAAAACAACUUUUUUGUCUAGCCUCCCACCACCACCCCGCUGCGCAAACGUUCUUUUUUGAUAGAGCACGCGUUUUGUCAUUCGUAGAAAAGUGCACCUCAUACAAAUCGAUUCGGAAAUGUGGAAGUUACUAAUUAUUUUCCAGGUUUAUGCCUCGCCUUUGAUGGGAAGUCGCCCCUACAAACAUGGCCGUUACGUAGCACGGCGGUUAGCAUGCUCCAAUUCAAGCUAUUGUAACAGAAAAAUAUCGUGGUGAGGCAGUGUCUCGUCCACUAAGAUGGCUGAAGUUGAGGAAACUUUGCAGAGAAUCGAAGCCCAUGGUAGUGUCGCAGGAACUAUUGUGGCCAAUGCAGACGGUAUUCCUAUCCGAUCGACGUUCGACAGCUCCAAGGCUGGCAAGUACGCGGAUGUUCUUCGCCACCUCACCGCCAUGGCCAGGAGCACGGUGAGGGAUGUGGACCCUCAAGAUGAUCUCAUCGUGCUGCGCAUCAGCACAAAGAAUCAAGAAAUUAUGGUUGCACCAGAGAAUUCCUAUCUUCUUAUACUGGUCCAGAGAUUUGAGCGGUAUGCACGUGCAUGAGAGGCAGACCGAUUGGUCACAUGUUGGUGGAUUAUAUUCAUGUGCAGUACGAAUGAGUGGAGGAGCAAGUCAUCUCUUGUAGCUGCAGAUUUUUGUGUCCAUGUAAUCCACUGCAUCAGAUAUUCCCUACCAGUGUUCUGUGGGAAAUUAUCCACAUUUACUUAAUUGGUAUUAAAAUGAUUUAUUUGAUUUUUA